UCUAGCGCCACCGCGCAUCGCGUGACGAAGCGCAAAUUCGAAAUCCGCCUCCGUCCCGCUCUCACCGUUCACCAUGUCCGAAUCGUGUGAUUUCAACAUGGCGACGUCGAAGUCGCUUCCUAAGGAUGCGCAAGUUAUUUUGUCAAUUAUGAAAGAACUAGGGAUCAACGACCAUGAGCCGCGUGUAAUAAAUCAACUUUUAGAGUUUACCUACCGAUAUGUAACUGGAAUCCUGGAUGAUGCGAGACUGUAUGCAAAUCAUGCAAGGAAAAAAGCCUUGGAUGUGGAAGAUAUUAAGCUUGCAAUUCAGCUAAAGAUGGAUCGCAUGUUUACCAACCCACCGCCAAGAGAUAUCUUAUUGGAAAUAGCACGGGUUAAAAAUAGUAGUCCCUUGCCUGUCAUCAAGCCUCACUGUGGUGUCAGAUUACCUCCUGAUCGCUAUUGCCUUGCCCAGUGCAAUUACAAAUUGAAAUCCAUGUCAGCUAAAAAGCCAAUCAAACCCCUGUCUACAUUCCAAAGUUCCUCUUCAUUGGGCAAAAGUGGAGCAAGACCUCCUCAAACGCCAACCAUGAAGAAGCCUCCUCAAGGACCUACCAUCAAAAUCGCACCUAAACCUAUUGUUAAAGUUGCCUCAGGAGCUGACGAGCUACAGACACUAAAGGACCCUUCUUCAUCUACAACAUCAGCUCAAGGAAGCUCAGAAGAUGUUGUGGUCAAAAUGGAAACCGAUGAAAUCAUAGAGACUGUUGUUGUGAAACAAGAAGACCUAUGAUUGUUUUAUAGAUCUUAGAUCAUCAUAUCCCCUCAAUGACUCCAUUAAGAUUCAGGAAGAUAUGGCAAGCGUCAAAACAUUUUUACGUCUAUUCUUUUCCUCUCAAAGAAAUUGAAAAAAUUGGGAAUCUAGAAGAAAUUCAUGAUCUUGAAAAUAUACAAACAUCAGGUAAAAGUCAGAAGAAAUUUCUCCAAUUAUUCUAUCAAGAUCCAGCUAGGUGUGGCAAGCGGUUAAACGUUUUUGCGAUGGUUCUUUUCCCAUCAAUACAGCUGAAAAAAUCGGAGAUCCUGGAAAAGUUCACAAGCUUGAAGAUAUGCGUACGCUUAUCAAAAGCCGAAAAUAAAUGAUAUCAUUAUCUCAAGAGUAAAGAUGCAGAUUAUCAUGAUAAGUUGUAAAUACUGUACAUAUUCCACAGAAAAAUCAUUGACCUGUUGUUUUUUUAGUGUGAUAAGAAUACAAAAUCUUGAAGAAAUUGCCAGGUAAUCUGCCAGCUUUAGUAAUUAAAAUAAUCAGGAAAAAGUACAAAACUGUCAGGGAAACAGUGAAGACCUUGCUUCAGUCAAGUCUACACAUCUCAUGUUAAAGUAGCAAAUACGCUGUUUGAACAAGACUACAUGAAAUUCAAAUUGAUCUGAAACGGGGUCUUACUGGAUUUUCUGUGAAGAUAUAUUAAAAGAACGUCAUAAAAAUUGAAAGAUCACUGUUUGGUAGAAAUGUUAACUGGCUAAAAAAUAAAAAUCUGUAGAAUAUAACUAAAAUAAGUAGAGGUGCCAGAACAACAGUUCUGACUUGUAAUAAAAUGAUACAAUACAAUCCGUCAGUUACAGUUUAAGGAAUUGACAUGGUCACUUAUGAGCUUAUUCAUCCAAAAAAUGUUUGAAUGUUCCUUCAGUUAAGAAACUGAAUGUCAAACUUGAAGGUAUCCAAAGAUAAUAUUACUUUCUGUUUCUCUUAAGAUCAUGCUAGAAGAUGCCAAAAGGAAGGUGAAAUUUCAGAAUGAUUCUUCUUUGGUGAAUAACCUAAUCUCAUUGGGUUGAAAACCAAUGACCCAAUACUAUGAUGAAUUAAAGUUUUCACCAGUUAUUCUGUAUCGUUGCUUUUUAUGGAAUUUUGUCUAACUCUUUUUUCUGAAUUAUUUUUUUACUUGAUUAUUGUAAUAAAAAUGCACAAUUGAUCAAAUAUCAAUAAACAUUUACGUAUGUUCAACA